AUGGAUACAUCUGGUGGUGAUGUACCAAACAAAUUUCUGAGUAUGUCAUACGAUUGGUUUAACGACGACAAGAGUGUUGGAAUUGAAAUGACUGCAACUCCGAAAGAACAAAGUGACUUAACAAAGAAGGUAAUUUCUUCUGUUGGAGAUUUACAAAGACCAAUCGAUGUCGAUGAGAGUAAAGAAUUCAACGAAAACAAAAAGAAAGAACAUUUGGGUGUACAAGAAAAUAAAGGGAAAGAGAUCAAAGUGUAUCAAGACGAAACAAACACUGAAGAUAAUAUCCCGUGUUGUCAUGAAGAUAAUUAUUUAGUCAAACAAAUCUAUUUGACACAAAACAACGCGAUCGGACUUGUUACAAUGAGUAUUAUAGUGAUCUCCGGGUCACUCUUUUUUGGUCUUUGUUUGGACAUCAAAGAGGACUUCCAAACUUCAUUUUUGUCGUUCAUCAUCCCAACGUGUCUUUUGUUGUGUUUAUUCACACUUAAUUGGGUCCGACGAUUUCCCUUGAUCAACAAAGUGUGUGUCGUUUCCUUAAUUCCGCAUUUCAAACACGCUCGGAAGAGUCUAGAAGAGCACAUCAAUCGUCAUCCCAAAGCGAUGAAAUAUUUUGUUGCGGUGUUGAAUGGAAUCAGCUUCACCGUGUCGUUCAUCUUAACUGCGAUAUACUUCAAUCUAUGUAACACCAAUAAAAGCGUUGUGAUGACAACGAUGUACUCGUUCUUUGAUUUUAUAGGAGAUGUGUUAGGGAUGGUGUUAGGGUAUUGCCUUCUCUUUGCAUUAUGUUUCUCGUGUUGUGUUGCAAAUGUUCGGAAGACGAUUCAAUUUCAUUGUUUGUUCUUACCGAUCAUUCCAAGCUUUGUAGUUGCGUAUAAAAUAUCCCAAGCAAGUGAUUCGACGCUGCGGAUGUUCUCUUUGGUGUUCUUUGCUGUUCUCUCUGUGUCGUUUUUUGUUGGGUUUUUGGUGUUAGUGUUUUUGAUCUUCUUUACGGACAAAGAGUCUCCCAUUGAAAUGAAAGGGAUACUUGCAGUGUUUCCUGUUAUCGUCACGACAUUGAUAAUAGUGAUGCUCACAUGGAUCAUUCUCUUUCUUCCAGGGAAUAAGGACAUUCUUCCUGUAGUAAUCAAUGAAACUUCUGAUGAAAAUGGGCGUGUAGAUGGUAUUAAAAUAGGAGGGUUUAAUAAAUUAGUGAAGUACUAUGGGAAUGCGAGUUCAUACGAUUUUCAGAGUGAAACGAUUGAUUUGUCUUCCAUUGUGACAUUACCGAAUGGAUAUGACUCGAGUUGUGUUGAAGUGAAAGGAAAGAUGUUUGUUCCGGUGUCAUCUGGUGUUAUGGAUGUCGUCUUUAUAAUUCAUCCCAAUGCACAAACAACUGAAGUUGUCGAUGGGUACGACUCUUUAGCAUCGGUAUUGGUCUCCCACAACAUCGCUGUGAUUAUCACAAAUAUGACAAUGCUUAAUAGUAAACAUUUUAAACACAUUAAACCGGUGUUUGGUAACAUGAACCAAGAGACGUCUGAUGUUUUGGCAAGAGCUGUACUUCUACUCCAUCAUAUGAGCUUCAUUGAAAAAGUCAUUCCACAAAUAGGAAGAGCUCAUUUAUUGGGGCAUGGUAUCGGCGCAAACGUCAUUAAGUUGGCUGCGCAUUUAAAAGAGUAUUCUACACUUCCCGAGUUUCCACAAGUGCAACUUCCAAAGGUGAAAUUAACUUUCCACUCGUUGUCGUUUGUAGGAGGAACCGAUGCGGUACAUCCAAUCAUGUUAAAAAUGCUGAGGGACAUCAAUACACUGACUAUCAGUCCAUUGUCUUCAUACACUUUUUAUAACUCUUUCAAAUUCCAAGACUAUGUGGAAGCGACACAAAACACACUUCAAACAACACUGAGAGUCUUCGGUGGGACACAAAAUCGAUUCAACAAGUACUUGCCAAGUGUAGAUGACACAUCUAAAGUAUGGGAAUUAAACACAAACUCGUUGCUCUCAGAAGACGAGCAUCUGUUGAUUCUAAGAAACACAUUUGUUUCUUUUGUCUUCUCGUUGAUUAGAGAUGGGUAUGACAAUCGACUUAUCAACUUCAGAAACAACGGUUUUGGCUCGCAGUUUCUUGUUAACACGUAUCGAAGGAAAUGCAAGAAUUUGGUCGACUUCAUAACGACAAAGGACCUAUUGGAUUACCCAUUCGAAUAUACAACAAACGCGCUGUUUAAUUUGGAUGGGGUGAGUGACGUAUCUACAUUCAAAUGUGUGCAAAGCAAUUGUCAAAUAACAUUUUCAUUUAACACACCUAUAGAAGAUGUCACACUACUGUCACUCGACCUUUCUGCAGAUGAAACAAUGAACGUGACUUGUAUAAUUAACAACGAAGAAGUGUCAAAUGUAAAACUUGAUAUAGUCCAAAGCAUAAAACUUUUAAAGUUCAAACAACAAAUUCUCCCACUGAACCAAUUGCUCCAGACGUACCAAUUGAAGCCAUUAAACACGUCGUUCUCUUCAUUUACUAUUCAGUUCAACAACACAAUCUAUUUCGAUAAUUUCUGCUUUCAAUAA